UAGACUUUGGACCAGGCGGAACCGAACCUACCAAGCUGAUUCGAAAGGAGCCGGGCCAAAAUCAAGGCAGAUACAGCAGACAGGCGGCUUCAUCUCCUCCUGCAGACUGAGCGGAGUCUUCCUCAUCACCGAGUCAGCAGAGAUGAGAGGGUCCCAUUCAGACUAACCUGAUCCAGGAUCAGUGAUGUGGGCUCAGUUUCUGCAGCGACCCAACAUGGCUGCCUCCGCGCUGACCGUGUGUGUGCUUGUCCUGCUACUGGCUGGGAUCAGAGGUUUGCAGUUGGAGGACAGAGAGGAGAGAAUCUGCGCAUUCACCAACAGCCUUAAGGGGGCGGAGCCUGUAUCCACCAAUGAGCUGCGAGGAGAGGUGCAGGAGAAUGGCACAAUUCGCUGCAGUCGCGGCUCCCGCUGCUAUGCAUUGUGGGAAAGACAAGCAGACGGGGAGAUGCAGCUGCUGAACCAAGGCUGCUGGAUGCAUGUGGGCAACCAUCAGGAGUGUUAUGGCGACCGCUGCAUCCUGGUGACAGCGACUCCGUCUCAGAUGCAGAAAGCCAGCUACCGUUUCUGCUGCUGCAGCCACGACCUCUGCAACACUAAUUACACUGAAGCUCCGCCCACCGCCGACACGCCCGCCCUGAGGCCGAUGAGGAGAGACGACCUCAGCCUCAGUCACACAGAUCGGCAGCUGACGGUGAAGGAGACGGCUCUGGUUGCCCUGGUUACUGUUGCUAUAGCAGCGCUCCUCAUCAUGGCGAUGUUCCUGGGAUACCGCAUGAUGAAAAGGAAGCAGAAGCAUGGUCUGUCUGCUGUGAACAUGAUGGAGGCAGCAAACUCAGAAUCAGUUGUGGACCUUGACAACCUGAAGCUGCUGGAGCUGAUUGGUCGAGGCCGCUAUGGAUCUGUGUUUCGCGGCUCUCUGAACGAGCGCUGCGUGGCCGUUAAAGUCUUCAGCUCCGCUAACCGUCCGAACUUCUCCAACGAGCGCUUUAUCUACCGGCUGCCUCUGCUGCAGCAGCACGACAACAUCGCCCGCUUCCUGGCUGCCGACGAGAAGACGACAGCCGAGGGCCGACCAGAGUUCCUGAUCCUCAUGGAGUACUACCCACAUGGCUGUCUGUCUCAGUACCUGUCUCUGCACACCGUGGACUGGCUGACCUGCUGCAGGAUGGCCCACGGCGUGACCAGAGGACUCGCCUUCCUGCACACUGAACUCUACAGAGGAGACCAGUACAAACCCCCCGUGGCCCACAGAGACCUGACCAGCAGGAACGUUCUGGUCCGAUCCGAUCUGUCCUGCGUCCUCGCCGACUUCGGCUUGUCCAUGAAGCUGACAGGAACCAGAACCUGUCGGCCUGGAGACGAUGACACCAUGGCCAUAUCUGAGGUGGGGACGGUGCGGUACAUGUCCCCGGAGGUUCUGGGAGGAGCUCUGAACCUCAGAGACUGUGAAUCGGCUCUGAAGCAGGUGGACGUGUACGCGCUGGGUCUGCUGUACUGGGAGAGCUUCAGGAGGUGCUCCGACCUGUUUCCAGGUGAAGCCGUUCCAGAGUACCAGCUGGCUUUCCAGGCCGAAGUCGGGAAUCAUCCGAGCUUCGAGGACAUGCAGAUCCUGGUGGUCCGGGAGAAACACAGACCCAGAUUCCCUGAAGUCUGGAAGGAGAACAGCCUGGCUCUGCGGGCCCUGAAGGAGACCAUGGAGGACUGCUGGGACCAGGACGCUGAGGCCCGACUUACGGCUCAGUGUGCUGAGGAACGGCUGGCUGACCUGAUCAUUCUGAGCCCUCAUACCGCGCUCCACAACCACAGGAAUCUGUCUCACAGCUGCUGGACUCCCCAGGUUGGCUCCUCUUCCUGCUACAUCGAGGAUCUCCGGGUGGGCGUGGUCAAGAAUCUCCAGGGAGAUGGGCAUCCAGCAUCGGUUGUCAGGACGACCAUGAGUGGAGCAGAAGGUGGAGAGAAGAACAGGAACUGCAUCAACCAGCAACGGCAGCAGAUUCAAGCUCGUCCGGCCGCCUCAGACUGCAGCGUGAUGACCUCCAGCAGCCUGAGGACAGACUCUGUCCUCUGCAGCGUCUCUGACCUAAACGGGGGCGCUGCACCCAGUGUUCCUGUCUGUCUGCAGCUCACAGAGGCAGACCUGGAGGCCUCCAAGCUAGACCCAAAACAGGUCCAGAAAAACCUGAGAAAAACCUCUCAGGAAAACCUGAUGGAACAUUCUCAGAAGCAGUUUGGAUCAGUACCACAAACCUCCCUCCUGCAUCACAGCAUGGAGGUCACCAGUCAGGAGGAACCAGGACCUCCCGCCUCCAUCCAGCCGCUCCCCAAGCAGCAGAACCUCCCCCAAAGGCCCACCAGCCUCCACCUGCUCCCCAAACCCAGCGAGUCCCGACAGAAGCCGGGAAGGCUCAGGUCGACCCACCGACAGGUGGAGACAGGUGUGGCCAAGAUGAACGCAGUUAUCCCACCUGUAGAGCCACACCUGGUUACCACGGUUACCAAGAUGAGGAGCAGCGCUGCAAACGGGCCUGAAGUCCUCUGUGCCUCCAGCAGCCACAGCUCCGGUGUUCCCGUCCUGGUGACCAAUAAAACGAGAGGAGGAGGGAGAACAAACCCCGCAGGACCACAGGAGGAGGAGGAAGAGGAUGGAGGAGGAAGGAGAGGAGGAGACGGAGACAACCAGCUGAACCUGAGUCUGAACUUCAGUCCUGAUGAACAUGAACCUCUGCUGAGGAGAGAGCAGCUUCCUGCUGAGAGCGACCCUCCUCCUCCUCAUCAUCAUCACCACGGUCCACCGGGCCGAGCAGGAGGACGAGGAUCCAACUCCAACAACAACAACAACCGGCUCGCCCUGGGCUCCGAGCUCCACCGGCCCGCAGAGGUCAGCGUUCCUGAACCAGAAUCUAAGAGCAUUGGACCUCCAGCUGCAGUCUCAGAUAUGAAACAGAACAUGCUGCCGGUCCAUUCUGCUGACAGAGGUGAAGGCUCAGAUACAGAAACAUAUCAGAAAGAAGUUAAAACUCUGACAGAGGAAGGCUUUCUACCGGGCCUACAGGGACAGAACUCAGCUCCUGAAGCAACAUUGUCCAACGUUCAGACUUCAGAACCAUCGAAAGCUCCUCAGAACCCAGCUUUAGCAGAAGUUUCAGCUACAGGAGCCCCACCUCUGGACGUCUCCAUCCUGGACUCUAAAGCUUUGGAUCCUGCUCCUGCAGAAAGUCCGGCAUCAGAACCGGCGGAUCUGCAGAAUCGACCUUCAGAACCUCAAACCGUAGGUCUGCUGCAGCCCCAGCUCAGGCAGACCAAAAAUAGGAGGCCAGAGCGUCCCUGUUCCCUGGAUCUGUCCUCCUCCUGCAUCUCAUCAGAUGAUGUUUCUGUGAUGGACUAUGGCAGUCUGAGCGCCACAGGAGAGAAGAUCAAGCGGCGUGUGAAGACCCCAUACACCCUGAAGAAGUGGCGUCCAGCCUCCUGGGUGGUCUCCACCGACAGGGACCUGGACCUGGAGUUUGAGUUCACCAGCAGUCAGGUCCAGGAGUCGUCUGGUCUCCACAGAGCAGGCGGCGCUGGUGUCCCUAGAAUCAACCAGUCUAAGUCCAGCAUGGCCGUGUUUCUGGUCGGAGGAGGAACCACGGCGACCACGACCUCCGAGCCGGACGGCAUGACCCGGUUCUGAAGAGCCUGUGAGAUCCAGAGAUGUUUCCUUUUUUUUAAUCGUUUUAACUUUUGUUGUUGGAGAUAACGGUGAUCUGUUCUGAUGAAGAAACAUCUGACAGAACUGAUGCUGCAGCUUGGAGGAGGGAUCAUUUUCCACCAUCAUCAGCUGAGUUUCCAUCAAAUCUCUGAAACUCAUCAGAUGGAAACAGGAAGCAGCUCCCAUCAGCAGGGAAUAAUGUGCUCAGUGUGCUCAGCAGGGGGCGCUGUGGACUACAAACCCACAUGCUCAAAGAUAAAAUGGAGAGAAAUCCACAGGACUUUACCCUGUAAGUGUGGAGCAUGUUUGUUCUCUGGAAGCAGAAACAGACGAUGAAUCAUUUGAUUAAGUUCUUUAUAAGUUUCUCUGAAUAUUAUGCAUAACCAACAGUGGCUGAGAAGGUCACUUUCUGAGGAAAAGAUUCUCUGAAUCCUAAACCCUUGCUGCUCACGUGAGAUGACACCCCUCUUCUACUGAAAGGUAAAGCCCCAUUCUGAUUGGCCUUCCAGCUAGUGGGUGUGGCCAUGUGUUUUUUUUAACCUACCUGAGUCACAGGCCUGCCCAGGAACCUGAAUAUCUGCAGCGUAGGACCAGCCUGCUGGUUUGGUUGCUGAAAACAACAAACACCAGUCCCCACUGGGUUUGUGACUGGCAGACUGAAUCAAAGUCACAGUGGGUUUAAUAAGAUUUUUGACUUUCAAAAAUAGCACACAUUAGACCCGAACUCCUGUCCUGGUCCUGAUGGCGAGUUCUGGUCCACUUCCUGUAGCUGCUAACAUCCUGUUUGACCUUCUUGUUUAAGACUUCAGGGCCCUGGUCUGCAAAGCAUUCUUAUUGGCUGGUUCAGGCUGUUCAGCAUCACAAAGCUGGUUUCCUUGUUAUGUCUGUCGUCAUGGUAACACGCUGGACACACAACCAGUCAGACUUAUCACAGUAAAUCCGCCUGCUGGACUGAGUGGUUCUUAUCAAAACAGUGGGAUUAUUGCACAGAGAUUCACUUUCUCUGACUGGUGACAUCUGCAGCGUUUUAAAAAUGUCAGAUAAAUUUGUCAGAUAACCUUUAAUCAUUUAGCUGCCACAUACAUAAGUGUGUUAAUUUUAACAUUUUUCUUAUUCCAACAUUUUUUUUUACAAAACAGUGAUGCUCAGAGAAAGCAACCCCUGGUUGGAUUCACUCAGUUAACUAGUUUUUAAGCUUGAUCUUCACUGUUUGGGUCAUUUAAGCCAAGCCUGCUUUGUUCUGCAGGGCCCAAAGUUAACAAGCACAACAACAAGAAAUCCUUCAGGAUUUCUGAACAGAAAGAGGAACAGGUUGAUUUGGCUGUGAUGUAAUUUCCUGUUACGAAAUUCUGACUUCUGAUGUAAAACCUAACACAGCACUAAAUGCACGGUGACCAGGUUCUCCUCCGUUUUGUGGUGAAGAUGUUCUGGAUGUGCUCCUGUUCUAACUAACUUGACACUGUGACAUAGAACAACUGGUUCUGAAGCAAUGAGGCUGAAGUUCAUGUCUAGUUUGGACCAUUUACUUCUAGAUCUCUGUGUCAGUAAUAAGAGAAAAGGUCCACAUGGACCUUUGCGCUUUCAGAUCCAGAAAUAGGCAGAAAAUAAAUAUUAAAUAAU